UAAAUCUACCAGGCUCAGUCUCACGCACGAUUUCGCAGUGUAGCUAGUGGUCUGAUGUUUGUCGUUGCAGAAGCAGUGAAUUAGCUAGGCACAGUGAGGACACCGUGGACACAGAGGGCUAAAUUUAAUAAACUCCUCGUCCAUUGAAUGUUAUUCUGGGAACGGACAUGGCAAAAGGGAAGAAAAGUGUGCUGAGAACCGAUAAAAAGCCCGAGGACACUGUUCAACAUAAAGUCAACUCACGGAAGGAGACAAAGGAAAAUAAUCCUGCAACUAACAAGGAUUGCGUAGGCACAGUGCAGUCAUUUUUCCAGAGUCUACGGAGCCCAACCAAACCUAGAUCCCCUCUGAGUGACAAUUCAAGCAUGCUGAUCCAAGAAGGAAACGAAUCUGAUGCAACUAAUCCUGACACGUCAAAGUUUAAAAAAGACUUGCCUAAUGAAAUAAAAUCUGAGAGUUGUGAGUCUAAAGAGCAGAAGCCUGAAAUGGCUUGUCACAGUCAUGGGAUCAGAGAGCAAGGCUCUGACCAACUUGAGCAAAAAGAGUCCACAACACACACAAAUGGCAGGUCUGCAGCAGACGUCAAAGUUUCAGCAUCCAAGCCUCGAAGUAGAACUGGUCGAAAACUCGGAGCAAAAAAGACAGAGGACAAAACUUCCCAAAACAGAAAGGUGACGGACUAUUAUCCCAUCAGACGGAGUAACAGAAAAACUAAAGCAGAGUUAAAGAGUGAAGAACACAGACACAUUGAUGACCUGAUAAAGAAUGACAUUGAAGAAGGACUGCAGAUCAAACACAUCGAAGGAAAAGGAAGAGGGAUAUUUGCUGUCAAGAGCUUCAAAAAGGGAGAGUUUGUCGUGGAGUACCAUGGAGAUCUACUGGAACUAGCUGAGGCUAAAAUAAGAGAGACGCAGUAUGCUCAGGAUCCUAAAAAAGGCUGUUACAUGUACUACUUCCAGUAUCAAUCCAAAACGUACUGUGUGGACGCUACAGAGGAAACAAGCCGUCUUGGAAGACUGAUCAACCACAGUAAAACCGGAAACUGCCAAACUAGGCUGCACCCCAUCGACGGUACCCCUCAUCUGAUUUUGGUGGCUUCCAGAGACAUCGAAGCAGAGGAAGAGCUGCUGUAUGACUACGGUGACCGGAGUAAAGCCUCAGUCCUGGCUCACCCUUGGCUCAAAUACUGAAUCCUCAACCACAAAUGUUCAUAUUUUAGAUGAAUUGAUGCUGUCCUGUUCAGCGUUAUGUAAAAGACGCUAUGAGUAGUCCUCAACAUGCUUUUUUAUUAAGUGUAAAAAAAAAAAACCUUUUGUUUUAAAUUGGGGCUAAUGCGUCAACUCAUGAGUGUAUUUUUGCAACUGUUUUUAUCAUGGUUUUAUUUUUAUUUUUUUAAUCUAAUUGUAGCAGACUGAUGCAAGCUUGAAGGGCAUUUCUCCUCAUGGGGUUUCCUUUUGCAAUGAAUAUAAUUGACAAUUCAAUUUCCCUAUUGUAAAUUAUUAACUGUGCUGUAAAUUAAGGAAUAAAACAGAGUUUUCAUUCCA